CAGGGAUAUACCAAGCCAUCAUCCACAGGCAACUCUGGAAUAGCAGAAUACAUCACUGUACAACACUGGACUUCAUGCAGCCAAGACACUAAGUCAUCCUUAAAGGUCAAUAUGUUGUUAGAUAUAAAAUAUAUAUUUUGGAUAUGCUCAGCAUUCCACCUUUCCUAUGCAUUCCGUGCAGUUAAAUUGGAAAAGAGUCCACCAGUCAAAGGAACUUUGUCAGGGAGAGUGACGUUACCAUGCUAUUUCUCAACAAUACCAACAUUACCACCAAUCUACAACAUCACAAGUGAAUUUUUGAGGAUAAAAUGGACCAAAAUCGAGCGAAGCCGAGAUGGAAAAGACCCAAAGGAAACUACAGUUCUAGUUGCCCAAAGUGGUGGUAUCAAAAUUGGCCAAAAUUACAGGGGCAGAGUGUCUGUACCCAGUCACCCAGAAGACAUUGGUGAUGCAUCAUUAACAAUGGUUAAGCUCCGUGCCAGCGAUGCUGGUGUUUACCGAUGUGAAGUGCUGUUUGGAAUCGAAGAUACUCAAGAUACUAUUUCCCUGGAUGUUUCCGGUGUUGUCUUCCACUACCGUGCACCUGUAGACAAGUACAUCUUAGACUUUGAAGGUGCCCAGAAAGCAUGUAUAGACAAUGGUGCUUCAAUUGCAACCCCAGCACAACUGAGAGCUGCCUAUGAAGAUGGCUUUGAGCAGUGUGACGCUGGAUGGCUGGCAGACCAAUCUGUUAGAUACCCAAUCCGCAACCCAAGAGCUGGCUGCUUUGGCGACAAAAAGGGCAAGGAAGGAAUAAGAACCUAUGGAAGACGUCCAGAGGAGGAAAAAUAUGAUGUAUACUGUUUUGUGAAUGAACUUCAGGGUGACCUAUUCCAUGUUCCCAAAAAGUUGACAUUUGAUGAAGCUAAAAUAGAAUGCGAGAAGAACAGUGCAGCUAUAGCAACUGUUGGUGACUUGUAUGCCGCUUGGAGGAAAGGCUUUGACCAGUGUGACUAUGGCUGGCUUGCAGAUGGCAGUGUGCGUUAUCCUGUGUCUUUUGCGAGACCCCAGUGUGGAGGUGGACUCCUUGGGGUGAGGACUAAAUAUCGCUUCAGCAAUCAGACAUACUUUCCUCAGUCAAAGGAGAAGUAUAAUGUCUACUGUAUUCAGACUCAAGACCCAUGUAAGGUAAAUCCAUGCCAGCAGGGUGGAACAUGUUAUGCUCGUGGUGCUUCUUCAUAUGUGUGCACUUGUAUGCCUGGUUUCAGUGGAGAACUUUGUGAAAUUGAUAUUGAUGAAUGUCAGUCAAAUCCAUGCCGGAAUGGAGCUGCGUGUGUUGACGGCAUAAACUCAUUCAUGUGUAUUUGCCUUCCUAGCUACAGUGGAGCUCUUUGUGAACAAGACACAGAAAUCUGUGACUAUGGAUGGCACAAAUUCCAAGGGCAGUGCUAUAAAUACUUUGCCCACCGACGCACCUGGGAUGCAGCUGAGAGAGAAUGUCGCGUGCAAGGAGGUCACCUGACCAGCAUUUUGUCACAGGAAGAACAGCACUUUGUGAACCGCCUGGGUCAUGAUUAUCAGUGGAUUGGCCUGAACGAUAAGAUGUUUGAGAAUGAUUUCCGCUGGACUGAUGGAAGCACAUUGCAAUAUGAAAAUUGGAGGCCAAACCAACCAGACAGCUUCUUUUCUGCUGGUGAAGACUGUGUUGUAAUAAUUUGGCAUGAGGAUGGGCAAUGGAAUGAUGUGCCUUGCAACUAUCAUCUCACAUACACCUGCAAGAAGGGAACAGUUGCCUGUGGACAGCCUCCUUUGGUUGAAAAUGCGAAGACAUUUGGAAAGGCAAAACCACGAUAUGAAGUGAAUGCCAUGAUUCGAUACCACUGCCAAGACGGCUUCAUUCAGAGGCAUAUGCCGACUAUACGAUGCAGAGGCGAUGGAAGGUGGGACCUUCCUAAAGUUUCAUGUCUGAAACCUUCUGGAUACCAAAGGACUUAUUCCAAGAAAUAUUACUACAAAUUUAGUCCACCAGAGAUGAGGACUCCACUGUACACACCCAAACAUCACCAUCGUUGGAGCAGGACACAGCAAGAGUCACCACGCUGAGUAAUCCCAAAUUAUCAUCAAUGGACAUCCUAACUGCCAAAGUCCUGCAUUACAGUGCCUUUCACAAGUCUGAAACAAAAACAAAAAUCUAUCUGAUCUAAUCUGGGACUGGACAAUGGCGUUUUAAAGACCACCAAGAAAAACAAGAAUGACUUUUCAAUUUAAGUGUUAAUUAUAGGGAACUAAAGCAGCAUAUAAAAUUAAUUCCAGCCAAAUAGAACAUUUAGUUUGUGUCACCAAGGCAAACAGAUAUUGUAUUAAUGCAAGCUUACAUUAAUAUUUAAACAGCUUGAACCUAGCUUGAAUGUUGUUUGUAAAUAAGAUGAUUUAAAUAUGUUUUCUAAUCAUGUAUAUAAAAUUUAAUUAAUCAAACUAAAAGUCAGGCAUUUUUAAUAAAGGCUUAAAGACUAAAUUACUAAUUAUGCAAAUAAUAGUUGGCUGAGGCUGGAGAAAAAAAAGAAAAACGUUGUUAAAAAAAAAAAAGUGCCAGAUAAAGAUAUUGUUUUUAGAGGUACAAUCUAAAAACAUCUGUGCCAUGUAACAUUUUCAUAUUGUGGGAAAAAAAAUAGGGAACAAAAUUUCCACAUGACAGAGAUCAAGAAUUAUUUGUCGACUGCAAUAAAAAUGUUAAUAUUCAUCCAUGACCACUCAAAAAAAUGGACUUAUUGGAUGAGCUUUUUUUCAUUGUGUAAGUCUGUAGCUUUUUUUUUGUAGAAUUUGUACUGCUAAUUCAUGGAGAGUUUUUUUUUUUCGCUAAAAGCCGCAGAUGCAAACUCAGAUCUGACAUGGAUGCAUCAUUUUUCUGCAUCAUUUUCUAUAUACAGCUGCAUCACUUUUUUGAUGCAAGUUUUUACAAUGACGUCAUAACUGCUGCACAAAUAGAUGUAAGGAACACGAAAGGAGUCAGUUUUGAUUUUGCAUCACAGAAAGCUCUCCUUUUUUCAUAAGCAGGGGGAACAUUGCUCUGUGUCUUCAACACACUCCACGGUGUAUUUUGAAGGUGCAUUUUACAACUUUUGUAAAAAAAUAAAAAUAGACAAAACAGUAAAUAAUUUUGUAUAUAUAAUCAUUUUCUAGUUUUUUUAAAUGAAAUUAUGAAUGUUUAUUAAUAAAUGCGGCAGCUGUGAAAAGUACAGAUACAAAUUUAGGAAGCCAGACCAAUUUUCUUUGUUUGCUGCUUCCAUGCCGACCAUAAUUUUUCAGCAUCAGUAUGUCAUCUCUUGUCUUAUAAGCAAGUGGGGAAUAUAUAUUAUAUACUGUAAGUUUACAAGAAAGUAAAUUCAGGAUAAUUGUUCACUUGAAAUAAAUAUGUACUAUCCAUUUGACUUCUGGGUAAUAUCCCAAAAGGCACAUGACAUUUAGGAAUGGUUCGCUUUCAGUAGUGGUUCGGUGACCUUAAAAUGGAA